GAGAGUUCUCGUGGGGCAAGAGUCUCGGGGACGGGCCUGCGUAACGCUGCGUAACACGGUCGGCCCAGGGAGCGGAAAAGUGUCCGAACCAAGGGGUUGACAGGAAGUCGGGAGCCACGGUUCAAAGAUUAACAGCUAGCACUCCAUGCAGCGUUCUUGAAGACCGAUGGUGCCUCUGGGGAUCAGUCACUUCGCUCUGCCCACACUUACUUGCCAACGUAGGUGGUACUAGGUGGCUCCAGGCUUGAGCCUUGAGCCGAGCUCACGUGCGGGUUUUGAUUUUCUAUUGUGGCCCGGAGCCAGCGCUUUUGUGUGUGCGUAUUGCACUGCUUCGUCCGGCGGGGGCCUCGUUCAAGACUCGAUUCGCUUCCCGAAGAAGACGACUGCGGCGGCCGUUUUCGUCCGAACGGUCAUGGAGUCCGAGAGGAAGCCGUCUGACGCCACGGAAGUCGGUGUCGCUGCUGUGGACAGUCUAACCAUGGAGAUGGAAGAUCAGAUGCAGGGAUUAAACGUGGAGACGUCGCUGCUGUCGCUGCCGGACGACGACCUGCUGAGCGUGCUGGACUACCUGAGCACGCCAGACCUGCUGUCCUGCCUGGCGGUGUGUCAUCGCUUGCGGGACGUCGCUCUUCGGCCGGAGCUGUGGCGGCGACGCAGCAUUGGCUUCGUGGAACACAACGUCUCAACUAGAAACCACGGGGCCGCUGUCCUGCGCAUGGCGCCGUGUGCCUCCCGCCUGUCCAUGCGGUUUGAUGGCCACAGCGACGCGCUCCGCACGCUGGCCGCCACGACCAAAUGCGCGGUGGCCGAGCUGAUCAUCCGCAACGAGCACGACUCCGUGCGGCCUGAAGCGGCCAAACUAGUGAUCCGCAACCAGGCGGCGCCGGGGACCCUGAGGGCUCUGGACGUGCUGGCAGAGGUCUUCUCCCCUCAGGGUCUGACCCGGUUAGCCGUGGAGGUCCCCGAAAGUAGUUACCCGGAGGCUGAGCCCGCACCGCUGUCCCCGGCGUCCAUCAAGGAGGUGACCCUUGUGACCAAGGACCCCCGCUUCGUGCACUGCGUGCUGCGCUCGCACGCCGCCACGCUGCAGGCCGUAAAGUUGAGGGGGGAUUGCCAGGGCGUGGCACCGCUGCUGGCCGCCAUCCCCGGGCUGCAGCACUUGGACUGCCCCGUGAUGGAGGACCUGCCGCUGCUGACGAGAGGCACGUCGCUGCGCUCCCUCAGGCUGACCCUGAAAGAGGACCAAGUUGCGUUCCAGGCCACCGCGGCGGCCUUCCUGCGCACCGCCACGCACCUCGAGGAGCUCGACCUCAGUUACGCAUGUCCCGCAUGGCUUCUCGGGGAGCAGAGGCUGCUGACGGCGCUGGCGUCCUCGGGCCAGGCCGCCCUGCGGAAGCUGGUAUUCUCUCUACCUAAUUAUACAGGGCUAACAACCAGCGUUGAUAAGGAGCUGGCCGCUGCUCUGCCUGGGCUGCCCGCCCUUGAGUGGCUUAUCCUGCCCCAAAGGGUGUGCUGGCGCGUCCUGAACGCCAUCAACCCGGACAACUUGCCCCGCCUUCGCGGCCUCAGCCUUCUGGGCUGCAGCCGGGUGUCCGAACCCCAGUGCACGCACGCCACCGUCAUGCACCUUUCAAACGUGCGCCAUAUCCUUGCCAAAUACAGCCAGUUCUAUCUGGUCGUGAGGUCCAGAUCUUGCGAGGAGUCGAAGUGGAGUAAACUCUGCGAGCACUGUCUGAGGGGCUGCCAUGGCGUGCCCUGGCCAGGUAACUCGCUUAUAGGCUUCUACACGCACGAAGCACCCGGCAAGGAUGUAGUGGAUGAACUGAGAUGCACAAACUGGAUCAAAUUGUGAAACGGCACCUCGACAUUCUCCGUACGUGGUGACAAGCCUAUCUUCAUUUUGAGCGUAAGACUUGGUUUGUAUAAUCGUCGGGGUGGAUGCGAGUGUGACGCGUUUGAUUGCCUGUAUGCUGAUCACAGCAGCAGAUGUUGGCUUCUUAAGUGUUUUGGAAGUCUGAGCCUGCGACCUACAGUUUUCAGUAGGCUGACAUAAUUUGUUAAAUCGGAAAUGAAAAUAAUUAUGAACGUGCUCUUUGCACAGUACUACUUUUUUUAUAGCCUACUCAUUUAGAUUGUCGGAAGAAUAUCAAAAGUGCAUGCUUAAAUGUUCAAGUCAAUAAUAAAUAUUAAUUCAAAACUUUAACAUUGUUAAAUAUGUUUUUUUUCUGUGUCAACACUAAAAUGUUAAACAAGGCAUUGUUUUAACUUGA